CGAAGACUCAUGUAAAGCGUAUACUCUACCCAUAGGCCGCAACGCAAUGCCUAUCCCUCCGCUCAAUUCGUCCUUGAGGCCUAGAAGUUAUCUCAGUAGCGUGAAUGACUCGUCUGCUCGGUUAGAACUCUCUCGACGGCCAGCCCACGAUGAGCCCACAGACGCGGUCAUAGCAUCCGAUCACCGGUUCUCCGCGGUCGAACCACGACAUCAAACCUUACGCCUUCAGAACAAUGCGGAUGACCAGAAGAAACGGAGCUAUCUGCCCCAGCGCGGGUUACCGAAGCCCAUCCCUCGUACCGCCGGCCGUCCAGAUGCACGAGGCCCAGGGCCACAACCUAGUAAUCUGUCCGCCGAAUGUACAAGUGCUCCAGCUGUGUCGACUCUUGCGACGCAGACACGACAGGCUGGCACCCAGGAGUCGAAGGUGGGCCGUCUUAGGCCUCGGUCGAUGUACCAAUCAAGCUCAGUUCAUCGUGAUCGAGAUACGAAAGAAGAUGUGGCGGUUUCAAUGGAGUCUGCUCAACCCUCAGAAAUGGCGAGCAGGCCCGCAUCGUCACAUGCCGCAGGCCUAAACCGAACACAAUCACUGAGACGGCCCGGGCCUGGAACGCAGCAGGCAGAGUCUAACACAAGUCGCGGUCACUCGAGAACCCAAUCCACGAGCACCGUGACAAGCUCACGAAAGCCUUCUGAAGACAGCAAAGCCCAAGCAGGAAGACCAAAAUCUCUUCUGGUCGCUCCCACUCACGGUCAUGCUACACGUCCUACUACAAUCGCUUCGACCGAUGCUACAGCUGGGGGAGUACGAACAUCUGCUAGACUUGAAGCAUUAAAACGCUCUGCUAGUACUAGAGCUAGACCGGAGGUAAUCGAAAGUCGCGCGAUGACUGGUGCUGCCAUUCAGACCGACGAUGUUCUCCAGCCCCAAGCUAGACGGCGCGAGGAAAAGGAGGAGCUUAAGAGACCGUCGCGACCAGCUUUUACUACAUUGCAGCAACAUUUCACGCCCAGAAAAACCGGGAAAGCCCCAACCUCAGUAUUUCUUCGACCGGCUCCGGAACCUGGACCUCAAUCUCUACCCCCGGAAAUAAUCAGUCUCCAGUCAGAGCUUCUACAGCUUCAUCACGUUAUGCGGGAGUACGAGCGUCAUGGACAAGAGCAGGAGAAUAUUUUGGCACUCCGAGAAUGGAGUGGAGCCAAUUCACUGUCCGGCCUCGUCGAGCAAAUUCAAGCACUCUCAGGUCCGCUCCAUGAGCUUCCAUCCCUGUUAGACUCGGGGGGCCGAUUCGACAGUCUCGCGAGCGACUUUGCUAGGUGGGCCACGUGGGUGGAAGACGUUUGGACGGCGCGAGGAGGUCCUCGCGGACAAGGCGGUGACUUUGGAUCUCUUGAAGGCCUAGGAGAUUCAUGGAAGGUAGAAAAUGCGGCCCUGACCCGAAAGCUCACAGCCUUUUCGCGUGACAUGAAGAGAUUGCCGCAACCAGCCAGCGGUUCAAGCGUCGGAUGCAUCAUUUCCAUCUGCAAGGAACUGCUCGGAGGGCUCCUUCGGGAGCUGCAGGUCAUGCAGGUUGUCGAAUCAAGCGUAGUUGCUGGGGAGAAGGAAUGGAUCGAGGAGCGACUAAACGCGAUCGCCCGGGAUGUUGGGGCGCGGCUGGAAACGAACGAGGGGAGGGCGGCCUGGCGGGAGUAGUAGUGGAGCUACGAAGUAUAUAUCACGAACUCAAGCUCACUGAUCCCUGGUAGAUCUUCUUACGGAUCGAUUGCUACCCCUCAUAUAAUUCUUCCGUCGUUCGCAUCCGUCGCCAAAUCAGCUCCAGCUCUCCGCCACGCGGUUGAGGCUCGUCCGAACGGCGACGCGACAAGCGGCACGAUGGCACGAACGACCAUGUGGAUACUACAUAGACAGCGAAAUGCGAGCUCGGGCGUACG